AAUUCACAUAUGUUCAUACAUAUCUAACCGCUCUACAAAUUCGAAGUAAACGAAAAUUCGUCAGUCACAUUUUCGAGUUCUAACCACCCAGAUCGCUACAGUGAAACGCAAACGGCCGCACAUAUGCGGUUGCUUUACAACAGAACUCUGAAAAUUGUUAAAAGUCAUUUGUCUAUUGCAUACAUACACACAUAGCUGCAACUUAAAGCGCGUUUAUAAAAAUAAAAACAGUUGAGGUGGAGCGAGAUAAUUAAUAUUUUUAGGACAAAUUGCAAAAGUUAACAUAAAUAAAUAUCCACAUAUGUAUAUACCGGCAAAUGACAUACAUAUUUGUACUCGAGAGCUUAACACGAAGUACAAAAGUGACAAGUUAGAACAAAAAUAUUCAGAACUAUUUACAUCCAUAUGUAGAAACACAAACACUCAGUUAUCCGGUUGCCCAACUUGCAGAAUUCUAUUUAAACUUUAUCAGUGGCAUAGUGUAUAAUUACCGCUUUACCGCUUUAAAGCUUCAUAUACGUAUAUUAAAAUUAUCUGUUCGCACGUGAAUACGUAUCUGCCAUUGAAAAUCUAUUGCCACUGGCCCGACCACUAACCCGUCAAGCACAUACACGCGUAUUAUAGAAGUGACGUAUGUACAUGUGUGUAAACAUAAUUUUGCACAAGCACAUACCGAAAAUGAGGUGAUUCGUCUGCGUAGUGACGCUCAAAAAUCUGCCGUGGCGUGGUUGUUGAAUCACUUUUUAUACGUGAGAUUCUUUACAAGCACGGAGCGCUCCACACAGAGAGCGUAAAACUACCGCUCAAAUAACAUUCAACACUAAAUUUUAAAGAGUGCCGGAUUUUGAGAAUAUUUGAUUGCAUAUAAAACAUAAACGAACUUUCUUUGGCUCUUGAAGAAAGCGUGACAGCAACUGAUAGGCGGAUGCUAAUAAAAUAUCACGAAAAUGGGUUACGAUGAUGUUCUUGUGCACUUGGGAGAUUUUGGUAAAUACCAACGACUUAUAUUCUUCCUGCUCGGUCUUACCGCAGUCUCUUGCGCCUUUCACAAAAUGUCACGUGCAUUUAUCUUUGCCAAACCGAACUUCCGUUGCCUCCUUCCGUUUGAGAAUGAGAUGAAUGAUGGUGGUGGAAAUAACAGCAAUUAUAAACAUUAUAAUGCAACCGACUUUGAAAUACCGGCGCCACUGUGGCGCUUAUCGUUCCCCGCGGAAACAGCUGACCAGAAAAUAGGGCGUUAUGAGGCUUGCAGCCGUUUUGAUAUUGAUAAUAGACUCUAUGAAAGGUUAAAUUCAAGCAAUCAGGAAUUUAAUAUAAGUUUCCUAUCAUUGGUGCAAAAUAUUUCUGCAAUUAAUGGCACCGUUCCAUGCAGCAGCUACGUUUACGACCGUUCGGUAAUAACCAACAGCGCCGUCACUGAAUGGAAUAUGGUUUGCGAUCGGAAUUUUUUGGUCGCCACCAGUGACGCGAUAUUCAUGCUGGGAGUGUUGGUUGGCAGUAUUGGUUUUGGACAACUGUCGGACAAAUGUGGGCGCAAACCAGUCUUCUUUAUAUCGCUGCUGAUUCAGGUGUCAUUUGGCAUAUUAGCUGGCAUUGCACCGGACUAUCUGACUUACACAAUUGCACGCUUCAUAAUCGGUACCACAACGUCUGGAGUGUUUCUUGUUGCCUAUGUAAUUGCCAUGGAGAUGGUGGGACCGAAGAAACGUUUAUAUGCCGGCAUGUUUCUUAUGAUGUUCUUCUCCGUGGGUUUUAUGUUAACUGCUGCCUUCGCGUACUUCAUUCACCAAUGGCGUACACUGCAAAUAGCCAUCUCACUUCCAGGGCUCUUGUUUCUCGGUUACUACUGGAUUAUACCAGAGUCGACGCGUUGGUUGUUAUCGAAUAACCGAAAAGAAGCUGCAAUUGCUAACAUACAAAAAGCUGCUCGCUUUAACAAAGUGCACUUAGAUUUUGAUACAACUGAUCGUUUAUUAAAUGAUAAUGGCAAUAUGGAAGAAACGAAAUCCAAAAUUCUGGAAAGCGACAUUGCGACGACCCCUGUUAAAUCCGUGUCCGUGUUUGAUUUAUUGCGCUAUCCAAAUUUGCGCCGAAAAACACUAUUAAUUUUUUUUGAUUGGUUUGUAAAUAGUGGCACUUACUAUGGACUUUCCUGGAACACAAAUGCAUUGGGUGACAACAUACUCUUGAAUUUCGUUAUAUCCGGCGCUGUUGAAAUUCCAGCAUUCACUUUCCUACUUUUCACCCUCAAUCGGUGGGGACGACGCACCAUACUCUGCGGCUGUAUGCUGGUCGCCGGUUUUGCAUUGCUGCUGACCAUCGCAGUACCCAAAGAGGAGAACUGGCUGAUCAUUGUGCUGGCAAUGAUAGGAAAACUUGCUAUCACCGCUUCUUAUGGCACUGUUUACAUAUUCUCAGCAGAGCAAUUUCCUACAGUGGUGAGAAAUGUUGGACUAGGUGCGUCUUCGAUGGUGGCACGUAUUGGUGGCAUACUAGCCCCCUUCAUCAAUAUGUUAAGCAAUGUAUGGCGACCGCUGCCACUUAUUAUCUUUGGAAGUGCUGCAUUUAUGGGUGGGCUUCUGUCGCUGCUGCUACCUGAAACUCUCAACAAACCAACACUUGAAACGAUAGAUGAUGGAGAGAAUUUUGGGAAGGGAGAGAAUAGUGCGAGUAAAGAUAAAGAAAUGCAUGUUCGAGAUACAAUAGAAAAUGAAAAUAUACCUUUAAAUGGAAAUCGUGACCAAUCUAUAAAUGAACAAUUCAAAAACGAGAUUUGCGUAAAAUAUUAACGUUUUUAAUUUGCUUUAAAAUAAGUAGACGACUGGUAUGAAAUUAAAUUAUUUUAAUGCACAUACUUAUUUACAAAUGUAUGUAAUUUUGUCAACAUUGUUUGUCUAAAUUUUAAAUUUUGUGAUAUACUAUAUAAAUACAUAUGUAUGCAUACAUAUAGUACACAAUUGAUCUUCUUAAGCGUUUAUUUAAUACCCAUAUAAAGAAACGAACGUCGAAUUGAAUUAAACACUUUUCCCAUGUCAAACAUGCACAGCUGACUUGAUUAUUUAAUAUAUUAGUAAAGCUUUUUUUGUUUGCUGAAGCAUCUGAAACAGAAGCAAAAUAAUUAUAUAUUAAAUUGUCGAUAUAUGUAUGUUUGUAGGUGCCUAUAGCUACAUUUUAUUAAAAAUUAAUGCUUUGAGGUAUAAGUAUUUACACAUGCGGCAAAAUAAUUAAGUCGAUCGAUUUUUUUCUAAAUAAAAGUUUAUUCAGAAGCUGAAAAAAAACAAAUUGCGUUUUUAAGGAUUUCGGGGCUUGCAUUUGUGGGGAAUUCUCAGACUCGGAUUCCUGCAAUCGGAGAGAAAGUGAA